GGGAAAUUUCCAAAAGAAAGAUUAAAAGAUUCUACUGCUCGAAUCUUCUUCCCAUACCGUGUAAUUAGACCUAUAACUUGAGACAGAAAAUAAUCAAAUAGUUCUUGAGAUUUUAGUUUCGUUUUUCAAAGCCUCACAUUUUCAUGCAGAAUUACUUGUACGGAGUCAUGGUUUGACUGACGGAACCCUGACAUGCUUAUUGAAGGAUAUCAGCAUCUGAACACUACAGGGAAUUGCGUAAUUUCAUGCACGCGAGACAAUUUCCGUUUGGCUCGUGUUUCUUUGUUUUAAUAAAAUGAAACUGAAACUGAAGUAAAUUUCAAAUUAACAAGCCUUCGAAUCAACGUAUCGAAUUCUAAGAAAGCUACUUGAUGACGUAAUUUUGCUGUUCUCUGUUUCUGUAGAGAGCAACAUGGGAGCAGAAAACAGUAGUCUCAGCCAAAAAAAUCGCACAGUGUCUCUGUAUGAUGACAGGAUGACUGUUACAAUAAGAAAUAACUAUGACCCGCUUCAUUUUCAUCAAGUGCAUGGUGAAAAUAUUAAGUUAUUUAAAAAUGGAGUAGUUGCAUGUAGGUCCGAAGGAUUUUGCAAAGGCAUAGCUUUCAGUAGUCGUCCUGUAAUGGUUGGUGAGCCUAUUUGUAUUAAGUUUCUAGAAAUAUCUACAAACUGGAGUGGAGCUUUAAGAAUAGGAUUCACAAUGAAUGAUCCCAUGACCAUGAAAUCAAAACUUCCAAGGUAUGCAUGCCCAGAUCUAACUUCUAUACAAGGUAACUGGGCCAAAGCUAUAGCUGAAAGAAUGGCUAAAAAGGAUUCAAAACUUUAUUACUAUGUAGACCCUAAUGGUGAUGUCCACUAUGGCCUUAAUGAUGUUGAACAUGGUGUAUUUUUUGGUGGAGUCAAUACUUCAGGCAAAUUGUGGGCUGUACUUGAUAUCUAUGGAAAUACUGUUGCUGUUGAGUUUGCAAAUCCAUUUGCUUUGAAACCAGAAUGUGGAAUUGAUGCUUCACAGAAUAUGAGCUUAGUACCAAAAAAUAAAGAUGCCUUGACUAUUAGUGAACUGAAGCAUUUGUCUUUCCAUUAUGUUCAUGGAAAGAAUGUUUCCUUAAAAGUAAAUAGGACUGUAGCUUCACGUAAAUGUGGCGUUAACAGUCUAGCUUAUGUGUUUACAGAAUGCUCAAUGAAAUUAGAAGAGAAAAUAUAUAUAAAAAUAUCUCGAACUAACUCCAAAUAUAAUGGGAAUUUAUUAUAUGGAAUUACUUCUUGUAAUCCUUCUUCUUUAAACAUUCAUGUCCUUCCUGAAAAUACCGAUGAUUUGUUGGAUCGACCAGAAUACUGGGUUGUAAGAAAUGAUACUAAUUCUUAUGAAGCUGGAGAUGUCAUUGUUUAUAGCAUUAGUACUGAAGGUCAAGUCACUGUGAUGAAAAAUUGUGCUUUUAAAUCAGCUAUAUUUCAUGUGGAUCCUACUCAACCCCUUUGGUUGUUUUUCAAUUUGAUUGGGUGUGUCUCGGAAAUAAACAUACUAGGCUCAUCAGCUCCUGAUUCUUCUCUUUCUGAUGUGGAUGAGGUUUUGAGUGUACCCCUUCCUUCAAAGGCAGAAAAAGCUAAUGGCAUGCCUGGAACCUCAGGUCAACAACAAACAUGUAAUGAAUGUGUCAUUUGUUUCGGAGAACAAGUUGAUUGUGCUGUUUAUCGAUGUGGUCAUAUGUGUAUGUGCUAUUCUUGCGCUUCAAAACUGAAAAAUAGCGCCAAUGAUCAAUGUCCUAUAUGCAGAGAAGUUAUUCAAGAUGUCAUAAGAAUAUAUAGAUGAAAAUAUUUUGUACUCAAGUGGUACUAAAACUGAAUUAUUUCUAAUUUUUAAAGAUUGUGACAUUCGAAUAUUUUUUUAAAAUACUGUAAAUAGAGAAUAUUUAAAUAAUCGUUUUCUGUUCAUUUUUCUUCAUUUAUCUUUUUAAUGUAAAAAUGUUUCAUUUAAUUUUUAUACUACCUUUAAUGCCUUUCAAAACCGUUAUUCUUUCAACUAGAAAAUGUUUAUUGAAUUUUCUUGGUGAUAUCUUAAGCUUUAUUUUGACCGUGCAUUAUUAUUUUAAUAAUUUCUUUAUUUUGACCGUGCAUUAUUAUUUUAAUAAUUUCAAUAAUUACUUUGUUCAUUCAAAAUGAAUAUAAAAUUAACGUUGUAAUGUUCAGAUAUAUAUCUAAGUGUCUAUUUGGUAUCGUGUGUACUUGAUAUAGUUAGCAAGCUCGAUUCAUUUGUUUUUGUAAUGAAUAAAAUGAAAUAUGAGUCAUAAAAUGUUUGGAUACCUGAAUUUAUUAAAAUCGUGUGUAUUGAGUUUUUAUGUAUUUUAAAUUUAGAAGAAAUAUUUAAAGUUUUACUGCUUUAUUUAAGAGCAAUUCCAGCAAAAAUAAUUUAACCACAUAAGUAAUUUUAUCAUCAUGUUAUUAAGAAAUUUAUGAGUUAUUAGAAUUACUGCCCAUUUGUAUGAUUUUUUUUCCACAUACAAGUUUGUAAUAUUUUAUAAUUAUGCUUGCUUAAAUGCAUUUUCAGUGUUGGGUCUUGUUCAUCCACAUAAGUUUUUAUCUGUUAUGCCUAUCAAAGCAUGUUUACUGAGAGAAUGAAAAAUGUACUAUCUACUUUAAAGCAAAUUUAGGAUAAACUUUAUUUAUCUGAUCUGAAUUAGUAAGUUCUAUUUUAACCCUGUAAUUAGAAAAUAUCUAAUUCUUGUUUCAAUUUAUGAUAAAAUUACCUCGCAUUACAUUUAGAAAUCAAAUGUUGUUUUUAUUAGAAUCAACUUAAUCUUGUUUGAAUAUUUUUAAUGGGGUUUAUGUUAAUGUCACUGUAUUUAGUUGGCGAAUUAAACAUUUGAAUGCUUAACUAUAUCAUUGAAACAUGAUGUGAAACAGAAAUUUUGUCAUGUUUGUUUAUGUUAUCCUUGAUUCCUUUAAUAACGUCUUUCAAAAUAAUAAGUUAAAUGUAAAAUUUUGAAUUUUCUUAAUUCAAAGUAAAUUAAAACAGAGUGAGUUGAAAUGACAUUCUUGUUGUUGAAAUCCAGUAUUAUUUGUAGGUUAGAAAUUUUAAAAUGUGUGUGUAUUCUCUAUUUUAUCCUUAUAUUUUACAGAAUCAUUGAAUUUUUAUAAUCAUUUGUAUUGGAGUAAAGAAUUGUAAAGAAAUGCUCACUUUGUAAUUCAUGUGUUUUUAAGAGUAUUUUGAAAAUACAAUAAUUUUAUAGCAUUGUAAAUUUUGAAUUUAAUGACUAAAAAUAUCUCAAAUUUAGGAAUAAAAAGGUUAUAAAGAGUUAUUUUAUUUUUAGUGACUAUUUUCAAUUUCUAAUGAGCUUCAUGUUUAUGCAUUCAAAUUUGGAUUAUGAUUUAUUUAU